CGCAGCGUUAAUCCCACGUCGACAGUCGGCCUGAAGCUACGGCACUCAUCUCACCCGGACCAGUUCUAUGACGAUAUAGAAGGAAGUCUCCUUUUCGGACUAUGUCCUAGUCAUUCUGACCCAUUGUCUUUCCCUAUGGCGAAUGCCCUUUUCUUGAGAUAUGUCGUCUUUCUUUUUGGGCUUGUGUGAUGCGGGAUUUCUGAGUUGCCUUUCCUCGAAUCGAGUUUCGGUUUCAUCCUUCCCUAAACUUGCGAUACAUUGACUGCAGCGAAGGUUGGCGUCUCGAAUUCCUGUUUUUCUCCGCCUUUCCUUUUUCUUUUUAUAAGGACGGAGAAAAUUCCUUGAACAGACUAUUUUCAUUAUGGCAUCGGACAAUUCAACUGGGGGCGAACACCGUCUCUCUUUUGCAAAGAUAGCUGCUAUGCCCCCACGAUCAGAAUCACAAUCUGCCAGUGUUCCUGGUGGAGUGAGCCCUCCACACCUGGAUGAACAGCCUCAAUGCGCAGAAUCGCAUGGCCCAGUAGACGAGCUCCCUCCGCAGGAAGGCUCAUUGAAUAAUUUCCAACAGAGUGACAAUGCCAGUGAUCGGGAUAUCAAUAUCCUUGGGAGAGCCGUACAGGAUGUUCAUUUGUCAGACAGCAAGGAUGGUGAGGGUUCUGUCACCUCCGGCAUUGUCCAUUCAAAUGGUUUACUCAAGCGAGAAACCUCUUUCGAAGAUGAUCAUACUCACCUCUCUAAUUCGUCUACCAAGCCCACGAGUUUUGAUUCAAAGAGUAUGGCUUCGGUAACCACAUUUGCCAUGGAUGAAAAAGACUCAUUGAGACCUGAUGAUAGUGCCAGUGUUCAGGCUGUGGAUGAAGAAGAGUCUCUUUCUGGGCCUGCAUCUGGCGCUCCGAAUUCACUCAUAGGGUCCGAGUCUGGGAACCACGGUCGGGAUGCCAACGCUCAAAAACCUCGUGCAAUCCUUCGAAAUUCAGGACCAGCAUUCAAUGACGCUGGUAUGCGUGCUAAUGCUGCAAUCCCUCUGGAUCUCGUGUCCAAUGAUUUCCCUGGUUUAAAUCCGGAAGCGUUCAAAGGCAACCCCAGCUUGCAUGGGUUCCCUCUGGAGCCAGAUGAGAAGCUCCUUGAAGCUAUGAAAACACCAAAGGAUCGUCUCCUGAUACUUCAGUUGGAAGAGAAGAUUAUACAUUUUAUCCAACAUUCCAAAGAGCAAUCCUUGGAGCUUCCGCCUUCGAAUGCAUUUGGGCGACUCCUCGCCCAUAAGCUUGGGGAUUACUACCAUUUGACCCAUUUCGUGGAUAACAAUGUGACAUCAGUCCGGCUUCACAGGACGCCGUUCUGUCGCCUACCUACGCCAUUGUCUGUCAUAUAUGCAGCCAGUAACGCCACACCACCACCAACUGCGCCUCCUAUGAAAAUCAUGCGCCGUAGUAGCCCUUCACGCGAAGGGAGCGCCGUUGGCUCCGGGGGUCUUUCCAAGGCUACAUCCGAGGCCGGUGAAAGUGGAAACGAUGGGGACCGUGCCGGCUCCUCUACAGAUGUCACUCCUGCCAAGGACAGAAUGAUAUUGUCCAGAGAAGAGAAAGAGGUCAAGUACCAGAAGGCCAGAGAGCGAAUUUUUCGUGAUUUUCCAGAGUCGAAGUCAUCGGAUAGCACAAGCGGCGAAAACAACAUAUCUCGUUCGAGCUCUGCGAGUGGACGCAAGAAGACAUACAGGCAGAAGACUCCUCAUGAUGACAGCUUUGAGGUCCGGUCUCAGUACAACGUAUAUUAUCCAGGAGUGCAUCAUUACACAAACGGACCAGUCCCAUACAACCUUAGUACGAACGAUGGGUCAUUCCCCAACCAACCAUCUUAUGUGGUGGGUCCAGGAAUGUCGCCUGCAAGCAUGACAUAUGUCCAGAGCAACCCAAAUAAUCCCAUGUAUUCUGGCCCUGUGAACAUGAAUGCUGUUCCUCAAUACCCGGCUGCUGUGUCACCUCAAACGACACCAAAUUCCCCGUGGCAAGGCGGCAAUAUGCCUCAGCAGUCUCCUUUCGCAGGAUACACGUCGAUGAACCAGCCAUCCAUGAUGGGCCAGCAGUCUAAUAAGUCAUCACCUGCUUUGAAUAACUAUGCAGUUCCCAACUCGGCCCCGUACCAGCACGUACCACCGAACUGGACGUCCCAUCCGUACCAGGGAAAUUUUCAGCAGUCUUCCUAUCGCAAUCAACCUGCCCACUGGCCGACCUACCCGCCACAGUCGAUUGCAUCGAGUCCAACAUCAUAUCCUUAUGGCCAGUUUCCUGGACAACACAUAAAGCCAGGAAUGCAAAAUCAUUCUGGUUCUCACCCAUUACCGGGAAGCUUCAAUAGAUCUUUGUUCAACCCUCAGACGCGGUCCUUUGUCCCUAGCGGUCGCCAUCCUGCGAAGAAUAACCAGUAUGGGAUGAACUCGUAUAUGGGCGGGCAAAACAGUAUGCAACCGCCGCAAUGGAGUCAGUUCCCAGAGACGAAUAGCAGGAAUUUUGAGCCUUCAGCAUUACCAGGGUACAACACUAGUCGCGUACCUUCCACAGGAAACAGAGAUUCGAUUGCGAAGUGGGGAACGCCCUCUCAUCUGCCCCCCAAACCCCCGCCUUCGGAGGUUUCGUCUGACUUCGAUCUGAAACACAGAGGGACUACGGGUCAUCCUUACGCAGCAAAUACGGUACCGAACCCUAACAAUGGUCCCCUUGUUGUGUCAGGGGAGACUGGCUCAUCGAAGCCAAAUUAGAGGUUGAUCGACCUUGUGACCGUGAGGUGUCUUGUAUGCGUUUUCCCUUAUGUGGUGGGUUGUCGAUAGGAGGAUUGCCGGUAAAGGUCCUUGACAGACGACAUACCUUGAACGACAUGUUAAUAAGUGGAGCAUCAUAUAUGCCGUUGUUGGCGCAUAGGAUUUUGGCGCAUGGACGCAGUGCAUUUAACUACUAAUGAGAUUUUUUGCUUUGGCUGCCGCUAUCUUUGACAAAUAAGCAGCAUGAGUGAUUAUGCCGUGUCAAGGAAGGGAAGGCUGAAGAAAUAGCUGCAUUUACCAUCUUCAUUAUGUGCGGGCGGCGCUGCCCAUCGUCGUUAUGAACAGCAUUGUAUGGGCGUUGGGCAAGACUCGGACAUGCGCUCCAGUCCCUGCUGCUACUGUCAAUUCUCGCUAUUAGUUCACAAAGAAUAGAAAAUCUUUUUCCACAAUAAAAUUGCUUAUAU